AUGUUCCUGGACAUCACUAUGGUAUUCGAGGGCUGGAGGCAGUGGCCGGCGCAGUCGAUGCCGCUGGAUGUCCCAGAGGGCCAGCCUGGCCAUCAACGCGCUGGCUGCGGCCAAGGAUUCUCCCCACUCACCUUCCUUGGUCCACGCUGCACCGCAUACGUUAAAUUCUUCACAUUGACACAGUUUCGAGGAUGGGCAGGUCCUGUACAGGACUAG